AUGAGUACGACUUCCAUCCCUGACCACUCUAUAAGGAUUUGUGCCGAUCGUGGCGGGACUUUCUGCGAUGUUCAUGCAUCAUACCCUGACCCUAAGAAUCCCAAUGAACGGAAAGAAAUAGUAGUGAAGCUUUUGUCUCAGGAUCCUCUGAACUAUAAAGACGCACCUACCGAAGGGAUUCGACGUAUCCUUGAGGCUCUCACGGGCGAGUCGAUUCCACGCGGACAAACUCUCAAAACCGAUAAGAUCGGCAGGUAUUAUAUACGGCUGUCUACGACUGUUGCGACUAACGCUCUUCUUGAAAGGAAGGGCAAGAAGCACGCCUUGCUCAUCACGAAGGGCUUCAGAGACCUUCUGUUGAUAGGUAACCAGUCGCGACCAAAAAUUUUCGACCUUAAUAUCCGCCGCCCUCCUCCCCUCUACUCCACGGUUCUCGAGGUCGAUGAGCGCGUAACGCUGGUCGGAUACACAUCAGAUCCCAAUGCAGCCGAGCAUGCUGUUCAGUUUGAUGAGAAUGGGAAAAUUGUAUGCGGCUAUAAUGGCCCAGGAUGGGACGAGAAUGACGACGAUCAAGGGGAAAUCGUGAGGGGGUUGAGUGGCGAGGCGGUAAGAAUUAUCAAAAAGCCCGAAUUAGAUACUAUUCGCAAGGACCUUGAAUAUCUCUUCUCCGAGGCAGCAGGUUCCUACCGUUCCCUUGCCAUAGUCUUCGCACAUUCCUACACCUACCCGGAUCAUGAACUUGCCGUUGGUCGAAUUGCCUCCGAAAUUGGUUUCACGCAAAUUAGCAUGUCAUCCCAGCUUCUUCCCAUGAUCAAGAUGGUCCCUCGAGGGGUGAGCUGCACGGCUGAUGCAUACCUUACUCCCGUGUUGAGAAAAUAUUUGGAUGGAUUCUUUGGUGGGUUUGAUGAAGAGCUGAAGGGAAACGAAGGUGGUCAAGGAGGAAGGAAGGCCAGAGUUGAAUUCAUGGCUAGUGACGGGGGACUAUUGGAUUUGGAUAAUUUCUCAGGUUUAAGAAGUCUAUUGAGUGGGCCUGCUGGUGGUGUCGUUGGGUAUGCAUUGACUAGUUGGGAUGCAAAGAGGAAGGUUCCUAUCAUUGGUAUUGAUGUUGGAGGCACAUCUACGGACGUUUCCCGGUUCGACGGUCGCUAUGAGGUCGUAUAUGAAACUACCACUGCAAGCAUAUCCAUUCAGUCUCCACAGCUCGACAUCAACACCGUCGCAGCGGGUGGCGGAUCCUGCCUCACUCUCCUCAAUGGGCUCUUUAGGGCAGGCCCGGAAAGCGCAGGUGCUGAUCCUGGUCCAGUCUGUUAUCGAAAGGGCGGGCCACUUGCAAUAACUGACGCGAAUCUUCUCCUUGGUCGGCUUAUCCCUGAUUAUUUCCCGAAGAUAUUUGGGAGGAACGAGAACGAGGGUCUUGAUGUUGAAGCAACUCGUGCUGCUUUCGUUGAGCUAGCAAGGGAGGUGAAUGAAAGCUAUGCAGAGGGCUCUAGGAAAGCGCUCACUUUGGACGAAAUUGUAUACGGAUUCAUCAAAGUUGCGAAUGAGACGAUGUGCAGGCCAAUCCGGGCGCUGACCGAGGCGAAGGGUUAUGCUUUGUCUAAGCAUGUCCUGGCAAGCUUUGGUGGUGCCGGUGGCCAACAUGCAACGGAGAUUGCACGUCUACUAGGAAUACAAAAGAUUCUCAUUCAUCGACACAGUUCAAUCCUCUCCGCUUAUGGUCUUGCACUCGCUGACAGAGCUUACGAACUUCAAGAACCUUCCGCCAUUGUAUUCGGUGACGCAAACGUGACAUCACUCAAAGCGCGCCUGGACGACUUGUCGAAUCAAGUUCUCGCUGCUCUUGAAAAACAAGGCUUUACUGGUAAACGUGUCCGGGUUGAACGUAUGCUAAACAUGCGCUUCGAUGGGACGGACACGGCUGUGAUGGUUCCUCAGAAUGCCGAAGGGCCAAACGAGAUCGAGAUUGGAAGAGAGGAAGAUUUCGGCGAAAAGUUCAAUAAAAUGUAUAAGGAUCAGUUUGGAUUCGUCUUAGAAGGGAAGGAUAUCAUUGUCGAUGACAUCAAGGUUCGCGGUAUAGGGAAGACGUUCGAUUUCCUCGGUCCCUCCGUUUGGGAUGAGCUGGAUACUUUGAAGACGACGAGAAUUACACCUGAUUCCAACAAAGUCGAGGCAAAGCACAGCGUUUACUUUGAAGGGCCGGGUCGUAUUGAGACGCCUGUGUAUCUUUUGGAUAAGCUUCACGUGGGCGAUCAAAUCCACGGGCCAGCUAUGAUUUUGGACAGUACGCAGACUAUCGUGUUGGAUCCUUACAGUCAGUCUACUGUGACGAAGAGUCAUUUGUACAUCGAACUGAAGUAGUGACAGUGUUGAAAUAAGAAUUUGGACUUUUGGCUGCGAAUGAG